CCACUUUGUUGUCUCAUGUCUUAGAUAUUGAACGGUGACCAUGAAAAUAUAUAUGUUAUUAGUUUCUCUUGUCGCCAUAGUCAAGGGACAGCAACAAAAGAACUACCAGUACACGACACCAGUACCAAUAUUAAAACAAAUCGACAAACAUAACGAUGACGGUUCAUACAGUUACGGAUACGAAGCUGCUGAUGGUACCUAUAAAAUAGAAACGAAAUACCAAACCGGGGAGGUGUACGGCAAAUAUGGCUACAUAGACGACACAGGAGCCUUGAGGGAAGUAGAGUAUGGAGCAAGCAAGCACGGAUUCGCCCCAAGCGGUCCAGAAAUUCAGGUUCCGCCACCAACGAUAAACGAAAAUCCCGAUGCACAACGACCACUAGGUCCCAACGAAGAAGACGACGGGCAAUAUCGCGAAGAUCCGUCCGUUUACUAUAAAAACGAUCCCAAUUACGAACCACCGCCGCCAGUGCAGUAUCAUACAACCUUCUCCGGAUUUCCACAACAAUCUUAUCAGUCUAAUUAUCAAGCUCCGCAAUCAUAUCAGCCUCAGCCGUCUUAUCAACCCGCCUAUACGCCACCGGCCCAACCACAACCUUCCUACAAUAACUACUACAACAGAUACAACCCGUCACCUCCCACUCCGCAAUACAAUUACGCUCCUCAGAGGAACAACUAUUGGAACGCCCCUAACCCUUAUCCUAACUACAACCAGUUUCAAGGACACCCGGCUUCAAAUGUUGACAUUUGGACCGGUUCGUAUACCGUAAAUUAUAGAUAAAUUCGUUCAUAUUCAAGUACUUUUGUAAAUAAGUAGUUCUAGGUUUGAGUCUUUUAUCUGAAGUUAACUUUUUGCCAAUACAUUUGCUCGCUAACUUUCCUUUGUUCAUUUUUUUUUAACUUAGGCAAUUAUUUAAAUCCACAUCUUACUGUUCCUCUAUCUAAUUUUAUUUAAAAUCGGCUUUCCUUUUACUGUUAACCAACUUAUCUAUCUAGGCGUUUAUUUUUGUUUCUUCUUUUCCUUGACCUUCUUUUUUACUCCACAGAGUCGCCAAAAUCAACGAGUUUCAAUUUAUUAAAAAAAGCUUUAAUUUUCCUCUUUACUUUGUUCGUAUUACUUUUACUUUUCGUAUUAUAAAUAUUAAACAGCGUUUUAGUUUUAAGUUUAUAUUUGCGAAGUGAGUUUUGAAGAAAACUAGUCCUUGUUCUAACCUAAUAUAAGAUAACUUAGGAAAAGUUUAUUUAUAUUAUUGGCAGUGUGUGUGAUUACGUAAUUCCUAUUUUAAGUUACUUUUUAUGAAAAGAUUGUUAUUAAUUUGUGAUAAAAUUAAAAUAUAUAGCGCUCAA